GUUACAAUUUAUGAAAGGAAUUCAGGCGUUCAGGGAUCAGCUGUCUACUUAUAGAUCGAAUUUUAUUCAUUGUUAUCAUCGUUACUUUAUUUAAUGCAGUGAUCUCAGAGGAAAGCAUGCAUCCAGACUCCAGCAAUGAGUGCGACCCAUCAUCCAGCUGCAGCGCAGCAUCGCCUGGCGGGGACACCCCCGGCUGCAGCCCGCAUCCUUCUGACUCGCUUUCAUCAUCAGUGGGCAAGGAUGGUGACACUGGUGCAACAUCCUCCUUUGUCCCCACACUGACCGCAAUCUCAACAUCGCCAGAUUUAAAGUGGAUGGUGCAACCGAAAGCCAUCACAGCAUCAUGCGGCCGCGCAGGAACCAGAAGUCGCGGCGCAACGUCUCCCUCAGCAGGUGCGAGGAAGGCGAAGCCCUGCAACAAGAAAGGGCAAAAAGAGCAGCCUUCCAAAGAAGAGGAGGAAAGGAGGAGGAUCAGGCGGGAGAGGAACAAGAUUGCUGCAGCAAAGUGUCGUAACAGGCGGAGGGAGCUGAUGGACAGCCUUCAAGCUGAAACUGAUUCACUGGAGGAAGAGAAAUCCGCCCUCCAGACUGAGAUAGACAACCUGCUGAAGGAGAAGGAGAGACUGGAGCUCAUCUUAGCUUCCCACCAACCCUCCUGCAAGCUACCUGCACACGGUGAGAGCGAUGAGGAUGACAUGAAGUCGAUGCUGCAGGAGCCCCCAGCCUCCCCACAGCUGCUUUCCAUCCUGGAGAAUGCAAAAACCUCAGAGGGCAGCUCGGCGAUGAGAGAAGCCCCCUCUGGUCAAGACAUGGACAGUGUCCCGUGCAUUCCUGCCGCAGCCAUUUUGGGGAACUCCAACAUCCUGCUGUGCUCCAGUGCCGAAGAGUCCCUGCAGGACCUAAAGGGAGACGACCUGGAUGACUUGGUGCCCAGCCUGUACAUGGCAGGGGCAUCGGAGAAAGCUGCGUCUGUCCCCGACAUUGAUUUGAGUGGCCCCAUCUGCCUCCCAGACUGGGAAACCUUGUACAAGUCUGUGGCGAGUGACCUCGAAUCCUUAAGCACACCACUUAUGUCUUCCAGUCCCACUUGUAGCAACCAGUGCACAGUGUUCUCCUUUAACUACUCGGAGAUUGAAUCCAUAGUUGACAACUGCGAGGCCCUCAGAGGCAGCCUCGGCUCAGAUAGUCUAAACUCUCCAACACUUCUGGCCUUGUGAAGUUAAACGCAACCAAACAUUCUGACUCCGUUUGUGGUGUGGGCUUUGGUGUUGGAUGAACCCCAACAUCAAAGGGUGUGCAUAUAGAUGCUGUGAAUUCUUCCAUUUUAUGAGAUGAGACGUUGUGCUGGUAUCCAAAUGCAUGCAAAUACAACAUCUGUAUUCCAAGAAGAGCUGGUAUCUGGUGUAACUUUAAAGAGCCCCACCUGUCACGUGGAGUUCACUCAGAAACCUAAUGUGCGUAAUACUAUGACUAAACUUGUGAAGUGACUAACAUGUAGCAGCGUAUAGGUGUCCCCUCACCUGAUAUUUCCUUUAAAGUAUUUUCAUGAAGAAAAAAAAAUACAGAAAACUAUCAUAUACCAUCUAUUUUAUCUAGAUGUAUGGUAUUUUAUGGCAUAGUUUAUUUUUAUACUCAUCAAAAAUGACACAGAUGCAAAAAAAAUCCUGAAUAUUGCUGGAAAUAAAACAUCCAUAAUAUUUUCUU